AUGAGCUCCAAACUUUGGUCAUCCUGGAAGUUCAAUGUGUGCAUCGCGCAUACGAAGAUAAACCUAGAAUCAGCCACCGGUACUACCCAUUCCCUGCACCCGUUCCGUGAAAUGUGUGAGAAUUCAUUGGUAUUGUCAUUUGGGCCAGACUUACUUCAUGGAACGGGCCCAGCUAGUUUCACUGAGAUUGAUAAUGGCUAUAAAGAAGCUGGGAUUCUCGAUAGGCAAACAUACUCCAUAGAAGCACUGAUUUACAUUAACAAGUUUCGCGGCCUUCACUUGAGUAUUUGGGGGUCAUUUGGCAUUGACUGCGUUGCUGAGCUGAUUUGA